AAGGUGCCGUCAGCAGAGCAGUUCAUGUUGGUCAGGCCAAGCAUCUUCAUUUUUGCCAAGCAAAAGCUUGGUAUGGCUGCCUCACGUGCGACGUUCGGUCGCUUAUGUAAUACGCUGGAGCUGCACAUUACUAUGUACGGUCCUUCUUCUUUGAUUCCGGCGUGAUUUUAUCAAACAUUAUGUGGCCUUUCCGGCACUUAUGUUCAUUUAUGUCGCAACCCAUUUACACCAUUUCAUCACGUCAGCGUCGCAAUUUCUAAGCAGCAUUUCUAACAAGCCGAAGAAGCCUUGUUGAAUCAACCGACUGUUAUGUAAGCGUCAGCGAAGCCGGCGAGUCCCUCGACCCUAACGCCGCGCAUCGAAACGUCAUAAAACGCGACCAUCCAAAUCACAUUAAGGUGCCUUUACCUGAAUCACCUGCAUGGUCAAACCACCGCCACAUCCUCCACAAACAUGGCCACACUAGCACCACCCCUGAACCUCCCAAAAUGGCUAGAGAAGAACUCCCACCUCCUCCAACCGCCCAUCAACAACUUCUGCGUCUACGACGACCCGAUGACAGUCAUGGUCGUCGGCGGCCCGAAUGCGCGAACAGACUACCACAUCAACGAAACGCCCGAGUUCUUCUACCAAUACAAGGGCCGCAUGCUCCUCAAAACCGUGCAGAAAGAUGGGUUCAAGGACGUGUACAUCAAUGAAGGCGAGCUGUUCCUCUUGCCUGGCAACGUGCCGCACAACCCGGUGCGAUUCGAGAAUACAGUCGGGAUUGUGAUUGAGCAGCCGCGGCCGGAGACGAGUCUCGAUCGGUUGAGGUGGUAUUGUCAGGAUUGUGGCGAGCAGGUGUACGAGGCGGCGUUCUUUUGCACGGAUCUCGGCUCGCAGCUUAAAGAGGCGGUUAAUAAUUUCAAGGAUAAUCAGGAGCUGAGGAAAUGUGGCAAAUGUGGUGCGAUCUGUGAUGUUGCUCCGUCGCCCGAGGUGAUGGAGAAGAUGAGGACUGCGCAGCCGUGAUGCUGGUGUCUUUCUCUGACAUACGCGACCAACUCAUAUGACGACUCGCUCUACGACGUUCAAUGGACAAGAAUAGAGGCAAAAGGUGUAUAGGACUACCCUUCUUUGAAAGCAAGCGGAUCUCCACCCCAAACUACAACUCAUCCCU